UCCAAGACCCCCAGAGAACUGCCCACGGGGUUGCUUCAACCACUGCCCAUACCUAAAAGACCAUGGUCUCACCUGUCCAUUGACUUUGUCACAGACCUGCCAAACUCCCAUGAAUACACUACCAUUCUGGCAAUCAUUGACUUUUUAUUUAUUUUUUAAAUUCUUCAAAUCAUGUAGACUUGUCUGUCUCAAGGGUUUACCCACUGCCAUGGAGACUGCUAAUGCUUUAUUCCACCAAGACUUUAGGGUCUAAUGGAUUACCAGAGGACAUUGUGUCCGAUCGAGGUCCACAGUUCACAUCACGAGUUUUUGCAGAAGGCCUGCCACAGUUGGACAUUAAUGUGAGUCUCCCCUCUGGUUAUCCCCCUCAGGCCAAUGGUCAGGUGGACCGUCUGAAUCAAGAGAUUGGCAGAUACCUUCGAAGCUAUUGUAGCCUUGAACAGGAGAAAUGGAGCAAAUUCCUGCCCUGGGCCGAAUAUGCACAGAACUCCCUCACCCAUACUUCUACGGGUCUAACCCCCUUCCAAUGCGUGCUGGGCUACCAACCCCCAAUGUUCCUUUGGUCAGGAGAACCUUCUACGGUGCCAGCGGUGGACGAUUGGAUUAGGCGAAGCGAGAGGGUGUGGGACAGUGCACAUGUCCGGUUACAGCGAGCUGUCAGAGAUCAACGUUUCCAGGCUGACCGGUGGAGACGUCCCCAUCCCAACUAUCAGCCGGGACAGAGGGUCUGGUUGUUCACAAGGGAUCUCAAAUUUGCGGCUACCCUGCAGGAAGCUCAGUCCAAGAUGGAGCCCCAGCGUAUAUGGUCAGAGAUCAUGGACUCAAGACGACAAGGGAGCCAGACGCAAUACUUGGUGGACUGGGAGGGUUACGGACCAGAGGAGAGAUCAUGGGUAGCUGCCAAGGACAUAUUGGACCUGUCCCUGAUCCAAGAAUUUCAUCAUGCCCGUCCUGAUCGUCAAGCACCAUGACCAAGGGGAUGUCCCAGCAGAAGAACACCAGGAGUUGUUUGUGGUGGGGGGGUCUUAAACAUCCAAGGUUGUUACCCCUCCUAACAACCACCAGAGGGAGCCCUCUCCCGAAUACUAACUCUGUACUGUUUCUUCAUUGGUUACUUCCUGUCUGUACUAUAUAAAUACCAUGCUGUUUUCACUGUCCGAUUGCCAGCUUACCCUGACUUACCCAGCAUUUUUCCUUUGCCAUUGCUGAUUGUUUGUUUAUGAUCUUUGCCUGAUUCCUGGAUUUUUUUUUUUUUUUUUUUUUUUUUUUGCUGUGUGGACUGUCUUUUUGGUUUAUUGGAUUAUACCUCCUGCAUAACGACUCUCUAUUUGCCUGCCGGUUUGGAUUGUUUGCUUGUGUUCUAAUAAACUUCCAGCACAUGGAUCCUAACAGUCUCCAUGGCCAGUUCAUUACUCAACCAUCACUCAACCUGAACCGUCUUUAAGAACGUGAUCCGACUGAACAUUUAAGUGUUUUGGAAAUAUUUAAUCAGAACUCAUGCUGAAAUAUAAUUAGAUAAAAUAUUGAAUUAUACUUCUGUCUAAUUUUAUAUGGUUUUAAUGUCCGUAGAGAAUUGGGAGUCUCCAGAGUGUGCAUAAUGUUCAUUCAGAGGUAAAACGUUACAUCUGUUAGACAGGAAAGAGUAUUUUGUUUUCCUCGACUCGAUCUGCAUGCAAUAUUUCACAGGCUUGGAUAUGAGAUGGAUGAGGAAGUCUGUUAUGUAAUUGUAGUUCAUAAAACUUUUCCCUGUUUAUAAAAUCCAACUGAUCAUUGGAUUUGUUUACAGUAUGGAAUAAAAAUUGCGUAUUACAGAGACUGAAUUUUAGUUAGUAUUCUGUUUCAAUUCUGCUUCGCUUGAGACACACAUCUUCAAAAAGGCUUAAAGAAAAUGAUUGCACCACGUUGUGCAGCUGCUAUUCUGAGAGAUCAGACUUACUACUUUCACCUGGCAGAUGAUAAAACAGUAAAACAAAUCCCAUAGAGCUACAUUGAAGGAGGGACUCAAGUCAUAUCUAGAGACCAA